AUGAAAGCAAUCGGUCAGGCUACCAAAAAAAACAAUAGCUGGGAGAAAGAGAACGCUAGCGAGGGAUUCCGCCCCUACAUUCUCGCUCCCACCGUCCUCAUCUACUAUCCUAAUUUACUAUUAUCGAUUGAUAUGGCAAAACCACAUUGGCUGUGGGCGAGACUUCCCUACUUCCCUAUCACUACUAUAAUCCUACUUAGUGCAGCGCCAAUCUGGGCACAAUCAUGCUAUAAUGCAAAUCUCCCUAACUUAGCAUGUUCCAAAUUUCAAGAUCAGCCGAAGAUCAGCCCCAUUUCUACAGGCCCAACACUAGAACCAUCUCUACUACCGCCACUCCCAGACGUCCGAUUGCGCCCCCGCAAUGUCACAGCCAUUUGUGUCGACGGCUACGCCUACCAAGACUAUAUGGGCGAUGAUGGCAAUAAGCGUGUUCUGGGCGGGCCUUCAAUUAACAUUGUUUCCUUAGAGCCUACUUCGUGCGGCAACUUCUACACAAACUAUAACUACGCCGCCAAGCUGCACCACGCCCUACCCCAGCAGCCCAAGCGCCAGCUACGGCGGCUUUUACGUAAUAAACGUGCCAGUACAAUCACGAUUUCUUCUAUAGUAGUAUCAACCACUACCACCUCACCAACCACUAUCGUCUCAUCAUCCUCUACGCCCCCUAGUACUCAAGCGCCUAGACCAAUAUCAAACAGCGAUGUGACCCUUCCUAAAGGCGCUAUCGUCGGCAUCGGUGUGGGCUCUACCCUUAGUGCGUUCUAUCGACAUCGCCAGAGGUCUCGCAAAGUUUCCAACGAGGUAGGAUCCUUAGCGGGACAAUGGCCGCCAAUAUCAGAGCAGGGGAGACCGGGUCAACCAGGCAACGAGGCAGCUAUAACAAAGCAGCACUGGGAGAUAUCAGAACACAGUUCGAGAGAUUUAAUGGAACUUGGUGGAAACCCCAAGCAAGGAUUUCCAGUGGAAGCUCCUGGGGACUUUAGGCAGGCGCAUGAGCUUGCAGAAGGGAGGUGA